AUGGUUGUUAUUGAAAUGAUUACAUGCUAUUUUUGUGUUCGAGUUCUUUUUCUAUUUUCAGUCGAUAUUGUGAAAUAUUCAGAUUUAUAGAGCAGUUUGAUUCAUUCGUUAAAGUGUCCUAAUUUCAAUAUCGUGUCCGUUUAAUUGAAAACGAAAUUACUAAUACUUGAAACAUGUCUAUUCAAUGGACAUUUAUCGCCGGCUACCUGUACUUUGAAAUUGCAAUAGUGGCGAUAAUGAUGCUGCCCAUCGCCAGUCCGCGACGAUGGCAGCAAUUCUUCAGAUCGCGGCUGUUCGCCAUGUUCCGCGAGCAUGCCGCAUUUUACUUCUACGUUCUACUCGGCGUACUCGGCUUGUUCCUCAUGGAUGCGGUCCGGGAGAUGAGGAAAUACUCACAUACUGAUAGCCACGUGCAUCUCUCCACUGAAAUGAAAGGCAAUGUGAAACUCUUUAGAGCUCAGCGGAACUUUUACAUCACUGGUUUUGCCAUUUUCUUGGCAUUCGUCAUAAGGCGCCUUGUUACUAUGAUUUUAAUUCAAGCAGAGCUAUUGGAUAAAUCAGAAAGGAUAAUAAGAGAAGCUGAAACUGCUAAGGACCUCGCGAAGACUACUGUAUUGACACAAGCUCUGCAGUCCGCGGGGGAUUCUAACAAUGUUGAAAAUUUGGAAAGGCAGUUGCUGGAUGAACAAAACAGAGUCAAACAGUUGGAGGACGAAGUAACUUCUUUGAAAGAACAACUGAAGGAAGCAAAAUGUAAAUUGGCUGAAAGGAAGUCUGAAUAAGUCUGUGAUUGAAGUACUUGGAAA